AUGGACAGACUGGCCUUCUGCUGCCUGCUCUUCGUGGGACUCCUGAACCCACUCCUGUCCCUUCCCAUCCCUGACACGGGGGAGAAGGCUCCUCAGCGUCCAGUGCUUGAAGAAGAUGCUCGGCUGGCUCUGGAGGAGCUGGAGAGGGUUGCUCUCCUGCAGACACUGCGACAGACAGUGGGCACAGAGGCAGGUGGAGGCCUUAGCGAAGCAGAUCCCAGUGAUGAUACUCCCACCCCAAGGGGAAGCUUGAGAAAGGCUUUCUCUGGACAAGAUUCUAACACUGUACUGAGUCGUCUUUUGGCAAGAACCAGGAAACAACAUAAGCAACAUGGGACUGUCUCGGAGUGCUUCUGGAAAUACUGCAUUUGA